AUGAGGUGGCCCCUCGUUCCAGUCUCUAAUGUCAUCCCAUUGGCAGCCACAACAGCUGCUCUAUAUAGUUAUUGCCUUGGCGCUGCGAUACAAGGAGCAAAUGAUCUCGAACCUAGUCCUGCGGUGGAUUGGAUUCAAGAGUCCAAAACAACUGCACACCUGCAGAUAAAUGAUACUUCUCUCGAUGAUUUCCCCGUCUGUACUGACCUCGAUGGCCCCUUCGCACCAUUCUGUCUCCCGCAGGAUGGAGCCAAUGUUGUAGUAGACGCCACAUAUUAUGUUACCUGGAAUGCCGAUUUUUAUCCGCUCAAUGCUUCUAUUACUAUUGAGAUGAGAUACUCAAACACCACCGUUGGAGACUCGGCGUUCACAUCUGACAAAACCGACAACAGCUACGGGUAUCUUCCCCUCUACAUGCGCAAGGAAUGGCUCCAGGGGAAGGCGCAGAAUGAUUUAACACUCUAUCUUAUCGAACUGAACCCUGCAUCGGGCACACGGGCGAGUAUUCGGAAGGGACCGAUGAUCACGCUUCAUCCUAAACCUGUAGAACACUACAAACCUUCUCCUCCCAUGACUUUCAACAAAACGGCCUUGUUUAUUGGUCUCCCGGUAAGCCUUAGUGUCAUUAUCAUUGUUGUGGCUGGUCUAUUCUUUGGCAUGCGGGAGAGCAGAAGGAUUGGGCUCGGGAGUGUUAUGGGGUCUCGAGGUAAAGGGUACGGAGUUGGGAAAUCCAAGAGCCAGCGUCUGCGCAAAAGUAGAAGCGAAUUUUACCAUUCCAAUGCCGCCUCAGCGUUGAAGAAAUAUACAGACGACACCGACUCGGGUUUGUCAGAAGUGCCGGAUCCUGACUUAUAUAAUGAAAUGGAGCGCACUGCAAGAUUUGCAUUCAGGCAGGAUUCUAUGAGGCUAAAGAGCUGGGGGAGAUAA